AUGUGCGCGGAGCUCGGCGGAAAGCUGCUGCUGGCCCCGGCGCUGCUGCUGGCCCUGCUGCUGGCCAGCGCCCGGGCGGCCGCGGGCACUGAGGCCACGCACCCGCCGGAGGGGCCGCAGGACAGGACCCCGCAGCAGAAGGGGCGCCUGUCCCUGCAGAACACAGCUGAAAUCCAGCACUGCCUGGUCAAUGCUGGCGAUGUGGGAUGUGGAGUGUUUGAAUGCUUUGAGAACAAUUCCUGCGAGAUCCGAGGCUUACACGAGAUCUGCAUGACAUUCCUGCACAACGCUGGAAAAUUCGAUGCCCAGGGAAAAUCCUUCAUUAAAGACGCUCUGAAGUGUAAGGCUCAUGCCUUGAGGCAUAAAUUCAGCUGCAUCAGCCGUAAGUGCCCUGCCAUUAAAGAGAUGGUGUUCCAGUUACAGCGGGAGUGCUACCUGAAGCAUGACCUCUGCUCUGCUGCCAAGGAGAACGUCCAGGUCAUUGUGGAGAUGAUUCACUUCAAAGACCUGCUGCAGCACGAGCCUUACGUUGACCUAGUGAACAUCCUGCUCACCUGCGGCGAGGAGGUGAAAAAGGCAAUAACGAGGAGCGUCCAGGCCCAGUGCGAACAGAACUGGGGAAGCCUCUGCUCCAUCCUGAGCUUCUGCACCUCGGCCGUGCACGGGGACGCCGUCCUGGGAGCCGACAGGAAGGUGGGGGAAGGCAGCAGGGCCGGUGCUGGCCGUGGGGACAUGGUGGCCCACGCUGACCCCGAGCACAGGGAGAGCCCACGAGCAGCCAAGGCAGAGAGAGGUACCAAGGGCCACUCCAACGCCCGGGUCAAAGCUGGGGGCCACGGUCCCAAAGGGGCCCACGGGAUCCUGGACCGGGCAGACGAACUGUCCGACUUCUCCGACAUCCGGAGGUGA